GGAGGAAUGUUAGGACUAUAAAAUGUCUCUGUCACUGAGCUGGGAAUGAAGAUUUCUUCUGAACCAACCAGAUUACAAACCAUCAUGUUUUCCUUGAACAUGUUAUUCUUCAUGCUGGCUGUGACUCUGCUGACUGUUACUGUAGAGUCUUCAACUGGCGGAGGCGGCGGGGGCGGCAGCCACAACUAUGACGUGUCUGGGCCAGGCCUGACGAGGCUCUACAACGCUCCAGUGUACCUUGCUGAGAGGAUGAAGAGGCCUUUGGCGGGAACUGCUGUUAUAAUUGGACCAAUCAGCCACUCUGGAGUCCGAGUGACACUGGCAGACGGCUCACGCUGGCUCAUCCAUAAAGGAGGUGGAUAUGGGGUCAGCUCUCAGACAGUGGUGACUGAUGCUCGACACAUGAGUCCAGACUGGAGGCUUGACAAAACCAAAAAUUUCCACGGUAGAAAGACCGUGUCGGACUUUGUGAGGGUCGGCGGCUCUGAAUACAGCUUCUGGGUGGAUAACUGUCACAUGGGAUCUAAUCGAAUGAUGAACCAGUAAACGUUUUCUAAAAGGUUGAAGUUUCUUCUUCACUGAACAGACAAUAAAGUCGAAAUCCUGCAUGGUGUGACUGA